CGGUGCGCUCACCCUCCGGCAGUGCAGGUGCGCGAAGCAGGAGCAGAGUCGAGCUUCCCCUUCUACGGCGGUGCGACGCGUGCGACUGGCGUGCGGCAUGCUGGAGCCUUAGAGGCGGCGCGGCCAAGUCUUUCCCGCGACAGCUCCGCGCGUCGCUACAGCGCGCGCGGCCUCAGCACGCUCGGCUCUCCAGCGCUCUCCGCCAAGUGUCUCCGUUCUCACGCUGCUCUCCGGCCACCGUCAUGCCAAGGACGCAGUGCCUGCUGCCGCUGCUGCUGGUGUGCUGGUGCGCGCGGCUGCCGAUCUCGGCCGGCGACGACGAGCCCGACUUCCCCACGCCGGAGUACAUUCUGCCGUGCGCCCGACCCGAUCCGGCCAUCGACUCCUGCAUUCAAAAGGCUUUCAACCAUCUGCGCCCGUACCUCGUUAAAGGAAUCGGGGAGCUGGAUUUGCCGCCGAUCGAGCCGCUGGUCAUUCCAGAACUGGGCAUGGAAAAUGGCCAAGGUGCCGUUCGAGUUCGCGCUCUGUUCUCGAAUAUCACGGCCUUCGGGCCGGGCAACUACUCCAUUAACAAGGUGCGCACGGACCUGAAAAAUCUGCGGCUCGACUUGCACCUGACGAUACCGAAAAUCGAGCUCCAAGGUCGUUACGAAGUGACUGGAAACGUGCUGCUUUUUCCCAUUCAGAGCCAGGGCGACUUCUGGGCUCUGUUCGGUGACGUCGCGGCGAUCGCACGGGUGCAAGGAGUGGAAGAGAAGCGCCACGACAUACGAUACAUGAGGAUCUCACGGCUUCUGGUGGACUUCAGUCUGGGCAGAGCGCGCUUCCGCAUUGUGGACCAACUGAACGGCAACAAUGUGAUCGGCCAGGCGAUGAACCAAUUCCUCAACCAAAACGCCAAGGAGAUCAUCGAGGAGAUGCGACCGGCUGCAUCCAAGAGUAUCGCUCAACACUUCAUGGCCUUUCUCAAUGGAGCCUUUACCAAGGUGCCCAUGAAAGUCUGGCUCAAGGAUUCGUAGUUUCUUUCGUCGAGUCGACGACACUGCCUCCUUUUCUGCUCCACAUCAUUUUCAUCGGCCAUUUUUUACGUGGACGAGUAGCAUUUUCAUUCAUCUUCAUUCGUCGUCUUUCAUCGAAACUUAUCGGCACAAUAGUGUGAACAACGCACAUUUUAAUUAUUAGGGUGGACCAACAAUUGUCGCUUGCGUUAAAUCAUUUAUUUUUCUGUGGAACUGAUCGAGACCACCCCCUGCUUUGAACGUCAAUUAACGUAUAUCAUAUUUUAGCUGGCAAUGCACUUGAAAAAAAUCCACGCGUGCGAAUAAAAAAUUAGGGACUCGUCAUUUGGUCUUUAGACGUGAAUUGCAAUUUUCAUACGAUACAUUUUUGAACGAUAAAAUUUUUGAACAGUUUCAAAUGCAAAGAUUUACCGGCGCAUCCGUCAUUUCAUCCCACCGAAAAACAAUCGAAUUGAUGACUUGUCUCUUUUCGUGGUUUCACAACUAAAAUGACAAUAAUCGUGGGAAGUCAUGGUCAAAAUUAUUUUCGCCAUGACGAGGAGCUUGAUCCAUUUAACACCACGCGCGGCUUUCGCAAGCUCAUGACUCUCGUAUUUAUUUUGAUUCGUAACAACUAGAUCACCGUAGCCGCUAUCGUUUAAGUCUAUCUGUCAAUCGGAAUUGUUGUUUUUCGUCGUUUGCGUAAGUCACUGCACUCAUGGCUGAUGUAACCCAACGUCGCCGGACACCAGAACCAGAGAACCAGUAAUUUCGUCAGUGAUCGCAGUGUUAUUUUCAUAGCAUUGCGAUAACAAGAUUAUUGUACGUCGCGCUCGAGCUUUUCGUUGAUCAAUUUGUUUGCGAGUAGCGCAAAUUAAUAUCUCGCAGCGGUGUCUUUGCGAUUAUUUAAAAUUCUUCGACACGUGAUCCUGGUGUCCGCUAUCAGUAUUGAAAAAACAUUAAACGUUUCUUCUCCCUGUAUAAAAUAUACAUCUCAUCGGUGGUCGUUGCAUUAGCAUACUAUUAUUAUCAUGAUUACUACUUCAUUUUUUUACUCCUUUACUUCUUAAACGGACGUAUCGUUAUCGAACUUGUAGCGCAUCAUCGACGUAGGCCUACGGCAUCAGCAACGCACAAACAUUCGCUCCUUAGUACGUAAUGUUUUAUCCUCAGUGUAAACAAUUGAGACUUGUACAUAGCUAUGUGAAAAUAAAAGAAUAUUUUUAGCGAU